UUGUACUCAGUUCGAAUCUGCUUUCCAGUUCAAGUAAUACUAAUGCAUUCACAAGUUUCAUGUUUUAUAUUAUUACAGAAAGAAAUUCAAUGAAGCCUCUCCACCUCAUAUUMAUGCUUCGGACGUUAUUGGUUGUGUUGGUGACUUUACCAACUUCUACAACGGCAGGGCACUCAGYAGGUACAGCGUCAUGUGAUAUUGCGGCUGCGUGGGUCACAUGCAAAACCAAUCAUAAAAGCGACYUCAACCACAAUAUAAACAACAGACUUGGACACCAGWGUAAGUUGUAUCAUCACCAACGGAAAGUUAGCCAGUUAUUUCAUGGUGCUGAUACAAGCGAGGCAUCUACUGCGAGGAGACUGCGCCAGAUACUGACUACAAGUACCAAUAAACACCCAUCAGCGACUCAGUUACAAGCAACAAAUACCGACGGAACAAGAAAACCCUCGGAAGGAGCUCUCAUACCAACUGAAAGCGGAAAAAUGACGACUACUGCUGCUAAUGACAAGAAUCAAAACACCACGGAAGAAAUUCUCUUGGCCCAUCACGCUGAAUUCGAGUCCUUCCUUUCCGAAUCGCGCGUACAGCUCGAAAUAGAACAACCGCAAGAAUACCACAAUWGCGAAGCUGAAGCAGCAAGUGAGGAAGUGAAGGCGAGUGAGGAUGGCAAAGACGAAGAAGACAAUGUGAAGAUCCACCGGAUCAAUGGUACUGCAACCACUGUAGCUUCCGAUCAAAUCAUUCGUAGUAGUAGUAGUAGUAGCAGCAGCAGCAGAAACAACGUCAAAAACACACCCUUCGUUGUUGGACCACGCUCCCCCAAGGCUGUUACUACUAGCAAUAUCGCUAUCCCGUUUUUCCUUCGUCACCGUACAGUAGCGGUAGCAAGAGGCGAUGCAAUGGAMAAAGAUAAAGAAGUAAGUGAAGACUAUGAAAGUGUCGAUUUGUCUUUACCCAAGCCGUUACUAGAUACAAGUAAACACAAGCAGCAGCAGCAGCAGCAGCGAACUAUUGAGGCAUCAGUGUUCAACUUUAACCAGAUCUUUGCCAAUACUAUGUAUGAUACCAUUGGCAAAUUAUAUCCGACGAGUACGAAUACAACGAUUGAAAACGGUUCGAACACAAUUAAGAGMAGCAUCGUCCUACGAUUUGAAAAGUUUUAUGUAUUGGAAACGCUCUCGCGGAUUCCAUUCUUUGCCUACCUGUCCAUGAUGCACAUCAAAGAAACAUUUGGGGAUCGAGGAAAAGUUGGUACUAGAGACGGCAGCAGCAGCAGCAAGAAAGGCGUUGAUGCAAACAAUAGACAGGAAAGCCGGAGUGACAAUUCGGACACUCAGGUAGAGUAUCAUGCCAAUCUUCAACGCAUGGGGAAAAUGAACACUCACUAUGCCCAGUUUGACAACGAAUUACACCACAUGGUGAUAAUGAAGGAAUUAAUAUCUUUAAGUGUUGGAAASAGUACCAGCCAAAGUUCGAAUGCGAAAGCGAAUCCGAAUAAAAAUGAUGCGGUCAAAAGACAACACAUCGAAAACAAUUUUCUUCGGCGURUUUUCCACCAGGACACAAAACCAGCACCAGCAUCAUCAACGACAMAAAUGGUGGUGGUAGUAUGGCUUGCCCAGUGUCUAGCAUUUUUGUAUUACUCAUUUGUGGCGGCAGUGUUUCUCUUCAACGAACCUGUGGCAUACCACUUGGGCGAGGUAAUGGAAAAGCACGCAGUCCUUGACUACGACGAGGUGAGUGCAUUAGUGUAGAAUGAAAUAGAAUGAAGUAAAUAUAUCACACAAUGCAGGAGGCAUUGGAUGGAUGUGAUGGCGAUUAACUAUUCAGUUCGCUCRUUCCUUUGCCGAGAGCCAAUGUUUCGAUUACAUCUCAUUCUUCACAUUGUCCUUUUUUGCGUACACUUUYGCUCUCUCUUUCAGUUUCUGGCUAAGUACGAACCAGAGCUCCGUACCAUUCCGGUACCUGAGAGUGCCAAGAGCUACUACGAAAAAGAUUACGAAAAGGACCCAUUUCUCUUUAAUUCAUUUUGUGCCGUUCCAGAUGCCGAUAGCUUGGUGCACGAAGAACAAGAASAAUACAGUGGUGCGAAUCCAUGUCCAAUUCCUUCUCGCAGGUGUGGUCCGCAUUCCCUAAACAGCCUAUAUGAUGUGUUUCGGAACAUUCGGGACGAUGAGCAAGAGCACUGGAUGGCUCUUUGCAACCUUGUUCAGUAUGAUGAACUCGAGGCCGUAGAUUCAGGCCACGUGCAAAGCACAGCACAGAGACAAGACAAGGUACCAACGCUUGUAGCAAAGGAAGUUCCCCCGAAGUCGCUGCUCCCGUAAUAUCUUGAGUCCAAGGUCGCCCGGUGCUUGUCCGUGACCUUGGAAAAGCUUACGAACUGAAUUGGGUCUAUCUGAACCCGCGAAUAGAUCCAAAUGAUAGAACAAAAAAAUAAAGAAAGAGAGAAAAGCAAACACAAAAAGUGAUAGUUGCAGCCUAGAAAUGGUUUUGUAUUAAAAUUCAACUGAAAGCUWGAAUAUUGUGGGUUCGGUUGUCGUUAUAGUGAGCUAAGAUGGAUACAUUUCUGAAGAUKGAGUAGGAAACAUAAGACGCAGUGAGACUAGAGCGUGACAAGRCAGGAAAGAAGGGGUGCCUUAUUCAGGCAGUGCGAGAUACUGUUUGUCGUAUUAGCUCUACUCUGCUCUUAGCAUUGACAAAACGAAUGAACCCUCUUUUGGCUCGUAGAGUACAACUGUGACAAAAAUUCAGAGCGAAUAGACAAAACUAAUUACU